AGAGGGCCUCUCCUUGAGCUGCCAAUCAUGCUCCGCGCUGUGCGCCUCGCGUUCAACGCUGCUCUCUGCGACGCGCUGAGUGCGGAGCGAGGAGACGCGCUGCAUACCAACAGAGACACAAACGGAGAGGCUCGAGGUUUUUUGGCCAGGACGCACAGACUCCAUCCUGCUCUCUGAGAAAAACAUUAUCAAAUCAGAUUAUCGGACGGUGUGAAUGUUAACCUUUCAGUUUUCAUUCGUUUUUAGAGAAAUUCUGCUUGUUCUUCAAGGCACUGAGAGCCAAACUAAGUCUGUCUGGGAUAUUUUUGCUUUCUGCUGUAAUAUUUUUUUCUGGCAGACAGAGACAUUUAAGAAAAUCUCACUCUUUCUUUUUCCCAUCUUUUGCUCUCUGUCUCUCUCUUUCUCUCUCUGACGGGACUUAUUAAAAAAGUCGGAUGUAGAAGAGUUGGACUAUUUCUGCUGAGAGUCAUCCAGUGGGUCGUGUUUACAUAGAGAAUUCCCGCAGAGGUUCCAUAAGGAAGGAAUACCGUAACAUUUGAGCAGAAAAUCAAUCAGAACUCCAUCAUGGGCUGCCCUCUUUUGCAGAACACAUUGGCUGGUUUGAUCCUGGUUCUUCUGUCUAAAGGGUCCAAUGUGCUCGGAGCAGAAUUCAGCCACCUGCCGGACAAUAUUACAGUUUUGGAAGGCGAAAGCGUCACUUUGAGAUGUCGGAUCGACGAGGAGGUGACCCACAAAGCUUGGCUGAACCGCUCAAACAUCCUUUUCACGGGGACUGAUAAGUGGUCUCUGGACAAAAGAGUGACGCUGGUCAACACCAGCAACAGGGAGUUCUCCAUCCUCAUCGACAAGGUGCAAGUAACAGACGAGGGACCGUACACCUGCACCUUUCAGGCCAACAACAAACCCCGCAUCACCCAUGUCUACCUCAUAGUCCAAGUGCCAGCAAGAAUCGUAAACAUCUCAAAAAGCGUGUCAGUGAAUGAGGGAGAGAAUGUAAACCUUUAUUGUCUGGCUGUCGGCCGGCCGGAGCCCACAGUCACAUGGAAGGACCAGAAAUAUGGACUGGUGAGUGAGGGGGAGUUCUUGGAUAUCACAGAGAUCAAGAGGCAGCAGGCUGAGGACUAUGAAUGCAUCACCCACAACGGUGUGGCUCCACCUGACCAGCAGAAGGUCAGAGUAACGGUAAACUACCCUCCGAUGAUCACAGACAUGAAGAACAUGCCUGCAAAUCUAGGAAAGACAGCCAUCUUGAGGUGUGAUGCAAUGGCAGUCCCACCAGCUACAUUUGAGUGGUACAGAGACGAUCAUAGGCCAGUAGAGAAUGACAACACCUUACGGAUCAAAAACGAGAAGACGCGCUCGCUGUUGCUGUUUACCAAUGUGACAGAGAAACAUUUUGGCAACUACACUUGCUUUGCCUCAAACCGUCUGGGCUCCUCCAACGCCAGUAUGCUGCUGUUUCGACCAGGAGCCCUCCAGGGGCGAGGAGCUGGUUUACAUGCAGGGAUGAGUGCCAGCCUGUGUGUUUGGGUUUCCCUCUCUGCUGUUCUUCUGGUGAAAGUGUGAAGCUCUGUUUGCUGGAAUCAUCCUCAAACACCAAGCCCCAUUUCUUCCUCUGCUCCCUCUGUCUCACUCUCUCCCCUCUCUCAAAGGAAGGAAAACGGAAAUGAAAUUCUUUAAUUACGAACCCAUCACUGUGAACAAAAAGAAUAUGCAUUAUUUCAGGAGCCAUUGAAUCACUGCAUCAAACACGACUACUCCCUUGAAACUCCCUCCCCUGCACCCUCUGUUCAGUUAUGAAUUCAACUUAGUCACAAUAUGUCUUUCUUCUGUUUCUCUUUCAUGCAUACAAUUUGUCCUUUUCACCUUGCAGACUUGUCUGACUUGGUACUUCCCCUCUCCGCCUUUUGCUUUCCCCCAUUACUCCCACUGAGGUGAAGCUGAUAGAGAGUGUAUAUUAACAAUGACAGCGACAAACGAGAAAAUAGAUAAUCUAACAACUGUAUGGUCAUUUAUGUAAUAUAAAACAGACUAUUGACUGACCUACAAUGUUUGCCUUAUGGAAAUAAUACAUGAAAUCACAAUAUUUUGGUGGGUAUUUAUGGAAAUGAUAAUUAUAAUGUGAUACUGGCUGUCAUGUGAAGUUUCACCCUAUGAUCACACACUUAAACCAAGUGGAGACACAUGUAUGUUUUUUUUAAUUAUUAUUAUUUUUAUUUUACCAGUGUAGCAGUGAAGCUGCUAUGAAUGAUGUCAAAAUGUAUUAAAAAAAGGAUGGGUGGUGAUGGCGCCAGUCCCCUUUAUGUAAUUUGGGGAGGUUUAUACUAAGUUUUCGCAUGUAGCCCUCACUACCCAGACCUUUUUAAGUCCCUCCACCCUCCUCCUUGCCUCUCUGUUUAAACUGCUUUGUCUAGUUGAGCUUCAUAUUGCUAGUGUUCUCAGCUGUGCGUCAAUCCUACCAAACAUCAUCACCUGCUCUUCAUCCCUCCACUGUAAAUAUACGCAGUACAGAGGCCAUGCUGGUGACUUCAGGUUGCCUCCAUAAGAUCUUCAGUAAGCCUCUACUACACUUAAGUCUUCUGAAGCAGCAAGAGACUGUCUAUUGAUAAAUAAUAUCUUCUGUUUCAAAGCUGUUGCUGCUCCAUUAUCUUUGUCGCUUGUUGAUAGCAUGUACUGGUUAGAGAUGUUCCUGUUGUGAGUCCAUACGCCCUCUCUCCCUCCCUGCACUGUGUCUGUUUUUUCUCUGCAAGGUUACCUGCUUUUACUGCUUUUACUUUUUUGGUGUUAAUACUACUACUACUACUGAUGAUAAUGAUUCAGUGAUGAUGAUGAUGAUGUUAAUAAGUAUUUGAAUAACUAUGAAUAGUAAUUCCAUGUAAGGAGAAAACAUGAACAAAAUACGAUGGUAAUGAGUUGUGCGUGGGGAGAAAAAAAAAGAAAUGUUUUCUACUUUGCUCGCACACAUCGAACAACUUCAAUGAAGGUAAAAAAAAACAGAACAAAAAAAAGGUGUAAAGUUUUUGAAGUGAUGUGGUCUAUUUUGCCAUGGCAAGCUUUUUAAAAUCACAUUUGAAACAGUUCGAGGGGGUCAUUUCGAUCGGGUCCUGAAGCGGUGGCUGGUGAUGUAAUUUAUAAUUUGUAACAGUUUAUGUAUUUGACUCUUUCUGUCAUGCUUUUAACUGCAUCAAACACACAUUUACACCACAUCUGUCCUCUUGUCAUGGUGUGUCCUCUACCGACCAUCUAGAUAAAUGAUUUUGAUCCAUGUCGGUCUCUGGCUGUGGCUGUAAGUCAGUUCUUGUUCUGCCAGACCACAGGGAGAUAAAGAUGUAAUUAGCCAUUACCUGUGGCUGGCUGAGCGAAGGAGCCCGAGCUCCACCUGUCCUUUCCGCCGCUCAGUUAUGGCCCCCAUAAAUCAAGCUCAAUCCUACCACUGACAGGAAUCCUCUUCAAGGACAAAUCUCACCUUGGUGCACCACUACCCCCUCUGGUGUGUGUACCUGUGACAAAAAACCCUGUACAGCACAAACAGCGAGAGGAAAUCCCGUAUUUCAUCAUGCCUGCACCCAUUUCUUGUGUUCAGCUCACACUCAGAGACUAUAUGCAAAUUUGCCAUAGCAAGUGUGCACCAAGAGAUGAGUCUACCCCAGCUAAACCCUGACUACUACAACAUGACAGGGGAAUUACUCAAUACUGAAUCAAAUGUGUGAAUGUGUUUUUGUUUGUUUGUUUGUUUAUUUUGUUGUUUCUUUUUCAAAUCAGCAAUAACCCCUAAUUUUACUGUGCAAGAGAUUUCCAUCAUGGUCAAAUCUGUGGUGUAAUAUCUGAAAUGAUCUGCCAUUAACAAGCUCUAUCAAAAGUCUGUUGUUGUACUUUUACUGUGUACUUUCCUCGGAAAUGAUUGUGAAGCUCUGUUUAAAUGGCCCUUAAGCUAGGACACUAUAUGUCGUUUCCUCUGCGAUGUAUUUGGGUGUUAAAGAACACAUAUUGUGCAUGCAACUACUUGCUCCCAAAACAAUGAUGGAUUCCAUUUCAAGCACAAUAACAGGUCAUUUGGUCUGUGAAACAUUUAUUGCCAAUAUUUUUAAACUCUUACUGUCUUUUAGAAGAUUUUUUUUUCACACUCACUUACUGUCCUGCGUCUGCUACCCACUGAGGGUUAUCAGUGGCACAUAACAUCUGUCUGUACAUAAUCUGUUGUUGAUAAAGAUAAAAAGAAGAUAAAAAAAAAAACUGUGGACGAGAAAACAUGUCAUGUUUGUCAGCGUGUGUUUGAAAAUAGCAUGUCUGUAUUUGUGAAUGGGUGGAUUUUGAAAAAAAAAAAAAAAAACUAC